ACGACCACGCGCACGAGCACUCGCGUCGCGCCUUCCCCUCCACGCAGCUCACCCCACCCAGCCGCCCGCUCGUGUGGGGCGACUUGAACGUGAUCCACACCACGGACAGCCACGGCUGGCUGCUCGGCCACCAGAAGACGUCCUUCCCGGAGCCCAACUACAGCGGGGACCUGGGCGACUUCUCGUCGUUCGUCGGGCACAUGAAGCAGCUCGCGCUCGAAAAAGAUGUCGACCUUCUCUUGGUCGAUUCUGGGGACCUCCACGACGGUACCGGACUUUCGGAUGGUUUCCCGCCCGGCGGCGUGGAUGCUCAUGACUCCAACGAGUUCCUCAUGAAGCUCCCUUACGACAUCAUGGCCAUCGGCAAUCACGAGCUGUACAUCUACGCGAACACGCUCGACAUGUACAAGAACUUUGCGCCCAAGCUGCACGGACGCUACCUCUCGUCGAACGUGAACAUCACUGUCUUCGACAAGCAUGGCCAUAACGUCAGCGUCCCGGUUGGCGAUCGUUACCGCAAGUUCAAGACUCGCAAGGGCCGCCACGUCACCUCUCUCGGUGUCCUGUUCGACUUCACCGGGAACGACGUAAACACCACCGUGCAGAAGGUUGAGGACAUGGUCAAGGAGCACUGGUUUGCGGACGCGAUCAAGGAGGAGCCUGACUUGUUCCUCCUUGUCGGCCACAUGCCUGUCGUCAAGACCGAUCACUGGCCGACUGUCUUCAACGCCAUUCGUGCUAUUCACCCGACUACUCCCAUCAUGAUCUUCGGUGGUCACACCCACAUUCGUGACUGCAUUCAGUACGACGGUCGCUCGAUGGCGCUCGAGAGUGGUCGUUACAUGGAAACCGUCGGCUUCAUGAGCAUGGACUUUGACAAGAAGACCCACCAUGGUCGCGGUUCCACCACUCCUCAAAACAUCACUUUCAACCGCCGCUACCUCGACCCCAACCGCGUCACAUACGAGUACCACUCCAGGCGCGGCAACUUCACCUUCGACACCUUUGAAGGCCAUCAAAUCACCAGGGGCCUCACCCAACUCGCAGAGCGUUUUAACCUCAGCAUGCAGUUCGGCACCGCCCCACACGACUUCACGAUCAGCCAGGCGCCCUACCCGUCCAACGACUCCUCGCUCUCGCUCUUCGUGACCGCCAUGGCCGCCGCCCUCCCGCUCAACUCGACGCGCAAGGGCGUGCCGAACGUGAUGAUCACGAACUCCGGCUCGCAGCGCUUCGACAUCUACUCCGGUCCGUUCACGAAGAACGACCAGCUCACGGCCUCGCCGUUCACGGACGCGUUCCUGUACAUCCCCGACGUCCCGGCCGGCGUCGCGAGCCAGGUCCUGCCCACGCUCAACCACGCGGGCGCGAACGAGCGCCGCGCGCUGGAGACCCGCGCGUGGGAGGACGCCUACGCGCGCGGGGAGGUCGACAUGGUCUACCGCGCGUGGCUCGCGGACAUGGACCGGAGGAGCUUCGGGCCAGAGCGCCGCGCCGCGCAAAACGCGACGCUCGGAUACGUGACGCAGGAUUCAUGCCCUGGCGUCGGCGACGACACCCUGCACACGCCCCUGCCGUUCUUCGACGUUCCGGACUUCAUCGGCACCGACGCCCCGGCGGGCGUCGCGGCCUCGGACCCGAUCGACCUCGUGUUCGUCGACUUCAUCGAGAACCAGCUGCUCGAGAUCCUGAACGGGCUCCAAACGACCAAGAAGUACACGACCGGAGACGUGCUCUCGUACACGGACCUGCUCGCGAGCCAAGUUCUCGGCGUAUAUGCUGAGCAGUUCUGGAACUAG